GGGCGUCGGGACGCCGGGGCGAGAGGCGGCCAUGCGCCUGGCCUCGCGCCGCGCCGGGCUGCUGACGCGCGGGUUCGGCGCCGUGGUGCUGCUGAUGGUGGCGGCGUGGACCGCGCCCGCCGCCUUCCAGACGCCGUCUCCGCGCCGGGCGCUGCCCUUCCAGGCGGCCUACUUCUUCGACCACCGCCGCUCGCCCGCCUACGAGGCCGCCUACUGCUUCCAGGUGGCGAGCGCGACUCUGAUCGCCGGCAUGGUGGUGAGCUACGACACGACCACCGCGGCCUUCCUCAUCCACGCCGCGGGGCAGCUGCAGGUGCUGAAGUGCUCGCUCCGGGGCCUGCGCGGGGCCGCGCUCGCUCCGGGGCCGCGGCGCCGCCUGCUCGCCGACUGCGUCCGUCACCACGACGCCGUCACCGCGUUUGUAAAGGAAUUGGACAAUGUUUACCACCCCUUCAUGAUGAUGCAGUUUCUGUACAGUGUGUUUAUAAUCGCCCUAAGUGUUUUCCUAGCCACAGAGAGCUCAACCAAUACCAGCGACUUGUUUAAGUUCAUGGCGUUGGUGCUUGCUUCGUCUUCGGAGCUGUUUUUGUUCUGCAGAUACGGAGACGCCAUAAUUCAGCUGAGCGGGGAAGUGGCGACAGAAGCCUACAGCAUGGAGUGGUACGAGGAAGACGAGGAGUUCAAGGCCAUGGUGCUCAUGAUGAUCACGAGAGCGCAAAAACCCGCCAAGCUCACUGCAUUCCGCUACAAGGAUAUAUCGCUGGAAACUUACGGAGCGCUUCUGAAUUCAUCCUACACGUAUUUUGCGUUGUUAAAGGAACUCAAGUGAAUGGAAGAACCUCGUAUGCCUAAUUGUCGCGUGAUAUCGCAUAUUAGCCACACAGCAAGUAUACGUAGGUAAAUAUACAAUAACAAACGUUACAAAACAUUUAUAGCUACACACAUUUACUUGAAGACCGAUAAAAAGUUGAGUCAGUGUCUGGAAUUUUUCAAUGAUAUUAUUUGAAGUCCUAAUGAUAACGACCACCCAUCUGGAUAACAUUAUUUAUAUCACAGUGAAUUUUUACGCUCAUUAAUUGCUGAUAUGUGUUAACAUAUUUGUCUGGUAAUUGCAUGAUUCUUCCUAGCAAGCUUUUAAAUCGAACUUUUUAUCAUUUACCUGCUACAUUUACCUUCAUUUUGUUUUGCUAACCAAAGUUACUUCAAUUUAACUUCAAAACAGUCACUCCAUGGAUCUUCAUGCAUCCGUGUGAACAGAAAAAAAUGUACACUUUUCCCGGUAUGGAGAACCAAUAUUGUCCUAAGGCUUGCCUGGGUUUUAGCACGACACACGCAAAGAGCUAUCGGCGGUCGAUAACACGGAUUCGAAAACCAAUUAUCUGAAAAUCUCUGAUGUAUUUAACGUACGUGUGAGAACUUCGCUCUGAAAACGAUUUGCAGCGACGUGAAAAGAGCGCGAGGGAAUCAAAGAGAUUCGAUUAACGAAACCAAGCACGUGAAGUGAAUCCCGUCGCUAAAAUCCAAUUGGCAACACAAAUGCUGGAACACUUGAAAUGUAAAAACACAGAUGGAAAUCCGUCCAGCUGAAUUAAUAAACUUUACUUUUUCAUUCUUUGAAUUCAUGAAAAAAAUAAAAAAUAAAAAUAAAAAUGAGUUGAACUUUUGACCUGGCUGCUAAAUCGUAAUUUCAAUCUAUGGUAGGAACUUUACUUGUCGUUAUAGUAAAUAGAUAGAUUAUUUCUUAAAUAGUACGAUACUAAGAUAAGAUACUUGAUGAUAAAUCAAUAUCGUUGGGCACACCAUCGAUAAUUAUACAUACGUAGUCUCAACCCAGAAGCCAGAAUGCUUUACUUAUUUUUUCUUGUUUUCUUCAUAAAAUAAUUUCAUUGUAUGGUUCCUUGACAAAAUGAGCUCAUAUUCAUGAGGAAAAUAAAUGCUUCUUUUUGAAGA